GCGCAAUUUAGCGGCAUUUAUACGAAGCCAGUCGAAGAGAUGAGUCUGCUGCCUAACUUGGCCUCUAAAAAGGCCCGUUAGUUCAGCUGUAUUGCGAAAUUUAGUGUAUUCGGGCAAUAACAAUGUCUCGGCACCGGUGCUAUGUAGAUACAUUAUUUUGAAUAUUAUUGUGUGCUUAUUCCUCAAAGCAGUUUCUGUGAUACAAGUGCAAUCUUUCCAGGGUAGGAAACUCGACCGUUUGAAUUCCGUGUAAAAAAGCUAAUAAUCCAAAGAUCUUUCAUCUUGCCUUGCAGUAUAAUCAACAUAUUAUCCUAUUAAGGGUUUAAAUUCCAUUGCCAAAUCUGAGUUGAAGCACUGCCUUUCAUAUCAAAUCUCAAAUACUAAAAUCAAGUCAUUAAUUAAAUGAGAUUCAUUUGAUCUGCUUGUCAUAUUUUGUUGUGCAAAGAUCUCGUGGGUCCAUGCCAUAUUCUUUCAAAGUAUUUCCUUAUAGUAUCUUAGAUGUACAAUGCAAAUAUAUCUAAUUGUUGGUUGUGUGUAUAUGUGAGAUUGCAUUCCAAAGACAGGGCAGUUUAUGUUAAAGCAUUUUACGGCUGAUAAAGAUAUUAUUUAAGUGCCUAGCUCUCAGGAAAUGGGAGUUGUUAAUUCCUUCCAAAAAACGGGAGGUUUAGCAUUAUUAAUAUUAAGCUGAUUGAACAAAUAUUUAACUGGUGAUCAAUCGCUGAUAGCAGGAAUAGCUGUUAGCUACUUGCUUAAGCAACGAAUUUAUUUAGACGAGCGUAUUUUAGCUUUUAAAAGUUGUAGAUAUAAUGCAACAGGCUGGAACAAGAGUAGGCACUCAUUGGGCAGCAGGUGGAGUAGGUGAUAAUCAUAACAGCUGGGGAGAAGACGGAGGAUGGAGUCAGGGACCAAAGGUUACGGGUAGUGGCUGGACAGAAACCGGUCUAUCUUCAGAAAACAGCCAGGAUAUUGGUACCUGGCAAAACCCCCAGCGAUCUGACCAAAAUUGGAAUCAAAAUAUAAACAGUGUUAUUGUUGAUUCUACGGAUAAAGAAGCGUGGCCUUCAAUAAGACCGGGUGAAUCUGUCUCUGACGCAGGUGAUGAUAGUGGUUCAGCUAAAUCUGGUUCUGUGAUAUCCAGCUCAAGUAACCAAGGGCAAAAUAUCGACAUCACAAAAGUGUCAAGUGCCAUGCAGAGUCAAAGUGCUUCCAGUCCAUGGGGUGCAACAUCAUCCACCUUUGGUGGAAUCGAAUCAAAUCCUUGGGGGUCUGGAAACUCCCCUAGUCCCUCCGCUGCCAACCAGAACUCCUUAGGUUGGAGUUCAUCUAAUCCGCAUCCAAGUCUUUCUGUGAACAACCAAGGACAUAAUAUGCAAACUGGUACCAGUUCGCCUGGUAGUGAUAAUAUAUCAAAUAGUAAAAACUUAAACCCUCCUAUAUCCUCAUUAGGAUGGGGGUCAGGUGGUACCCAAGGACUGGGUGCUCAUAGACCACAAAAUUCCAUGCAAUCAACCUCAAACGGCAACAAUGUGCAUGGUAUGUUGCCAAGCAUUAGUGGUGCUCAACAAAGUGGACCUAAUGUAAGCUCAAGUCUAAAUGGCUCGAAUCCAUGGCCAAGUAAUUCCAUGGGAGAUCUAAGCGGAUUUCCUAAAGCGUCUGAAUCUGGAUGGAAUAAUACUGUUGCUGUGACGAACAAUGGUGCAAGUGCCGGUAAGGACAAACGUGGCAAUAAUAAUGAGCCUAAUGUUGAAUCAGAAUCAAGUGUUUGGGGUAAAUCCAGUAGUUUUGGUGCCUCUGGUUGGGAUCAAAACCCUGGAAACAUUAAACCACCCACCUCUGGAUCUCAGUGGGAUAGUGGAAAUACUAAGUCACAAUGGGGAGAUAAUCCUAGUGGUGCAGCUAAAAGUCAGGGAUCAGGCAAUAAUCCAGAGCAUCUUUCCUGGGCUCAGGCCGCUUGUAAAGGCCUCCCACCUUCUGGUAAUUCAGGUAAUGACAAAAUUCCAUCUGAACAACAGAUGUCUCAUGAACCCCCGUCUGAAAUCUCUCGUGCAAUUGAUUGUCAUGAAGGUUGGGGGCGUAAACCAGUCUGUCAAAAUUCAUCUUGGGAUUUGGAACUUUCAAAGUCAUCUCAAGCUACAAGAGUGGAUGAUGGUGGAGCAGCUAAUGUUUGGGAUAAUAAUAAUGGCACAGCUAUAUGGGAAGCAUCCCGUGAUAACCAAAAUAGAAACCCAAGUGGCUGGAAUGGAGCAACAAGUGGGCCACAAUGGAACAAAGAGAAAGAAUCAAAUCAAUGGAAUGGACCUGGUCCAGGUCCUGAUAAUAAUCACAUGGGUGGGGGUAGUUCAGACGGAUCUAUUGGGAACUGGAACGUUCCAGAUAAUUCUAAUAAUGCCAUGUGGGGAGGCAAGACGGAUACGGGUCAGUGGAAAGAUACUUCUUCUUGGGAAGAUCCUCGACAACAAGAGGGUACUGGUCAGUGGCAUGGUGAAAUGACUAAACCGAAGUCAUGGAGUAGUACCCCUAGUACUCCCUCCACCCCCAUUACCCCAGGUAAUGGUAUGUUGCAGAAAAAUGAAGAAUGGAUGAAAUCUGGUCCUGCAGGUGGUGGUGUAGGAGGUGGUAAUGGUAGUGGCAAUAGACCAACAGUCGGUUGGGGUAACCCGUCCAAUGGUGGAGAUAGAGUAGAUGAUGGAACCAGUAUUUGGGCAGGAAAUGCUCAGCAACAAGCCAGGGCUAGUGGAUGGGGAGACACAGGUAGUCAGUGGAAUCCCACUGUUGGUGCCAAAAACAAAUCUAGUUGGAAUGAAGGAGAAAAUAAUUGGAAUUCAGCGAAUAGAAAGCAAGACUGGACAGAUGAGCGAGGUGGCUGGGGGUCAAUGGACGUGGGCUAUUGGAAUGAUAUUUCACAAGAAAAUAGUUCGUGGAGCAGCGCGUCAGGCUGGAAAAACAAACAGCAAAUGGUGAAGAUGCCUCCUAAUAAAUUCCCCCCAUCAAGUGGUUACCAUCCACCUAAUCAAAUGCGUGUCAGACUUCUUGAGCAACUUAUUGCUAUGGGAUAUAAGAAGGACGAUGCCCAAACAGCUCUAAUUAACAACAAUAUGAACUUUGAAGGAGCCGUUGCUGAAUUAAGUAAUAACGGUGCCAAGAAAGAUACUGAUAUGGAUGUUUUCCAGGCAAAUGGUGUAAAAGCUAAAACAGGAAUGCUACCAGACGGUGGCCUCAACGACAUAUCAGAUACUCACUUGGAUAGCAAUCCGCAUGUGCCUAACUUUCCCAUACAAAAUACUCCUCCAUUUCAAAAUGCUCAAGUACCAAAUCAGCCAUAUAUGUCCAUGUACGACCGGUCCAAAAUUGGCGCUAGUCUGCCUUCAUCUAGUCCAAAUCCAAUGAACUCCAGUAUUAAUCCUGCAUUACAACCAAAAUUUAUGCCGCAGAAACUUCAGCAGCAACAACAAGCCCAGUCUUUGAGUCCCACCCAGGGCCCCCUGACACGUAGUCAAGUACCUGGGCAAAACCCUGGUCAGAAUGUCGUGCAUCAACAAAUGGCACAACAACAGAUAUUACAACAGCUGCGCAUGGCUGUACAGUCAGGUCUUAUUAGUCCACAACUACUCAAUCAACAACUACCCCACAAUAUUCUGUUGCUCUUACAGCAACUGUUACAGUAUCAAAAUGCUUUACAACAACUGGUGAACCGCCAGACAAUGUUCCACAAGAACAAGGUGACAUUACAACCCCAUGAUAGACAACAACUGCAGCAAAUGAUCAACAAUAUCAGACAACAGAUCUUAAACAUACAGAAACAGAUCUCUCAAGCCCAACCACCCGGACUUAAAAAUACGCAGCAACCAAAUCCUGAUAUGGACCCACUUUUACCUCUACAAACAGAAUUAAAUAACCUAUCUAUGAAUGCUUCAACAGUAACUCCACAGCCUCAGUCUCGACUCACCCAGUGGAAGAGUGGAAAUGGUGACAAAGAAAACGACAUUGACAAUCUUAAUAAAGCGGUUGGAAGCAAACCAAUGCAUCAAUCGCAGUCCUCACCUAAUUUGGGCAGAUUUGAGGAUCUGAGUAUGUUGAAUAUAUCAGGUGAUACCACUUGGUCGACAAUAGCAACCACUGCCUCGCAAAAUUGGCCGAGCGCCAGUAUUGAGGGAACCACAGACGGGAAAGACAGUUCCGACCUUACUAAAGAAUCUCUAGCACUAACUACAGCCUCAAGUGUAAACCUGACUGAUGUGAUUCCUGAAUUUGUGCCAGGCAAACCAUGGCAGGGAUUUAAUAAUAAAAGUGUUGAAGAUGAUCCACAUAUCACUCCAGGGAGUUUUUCCCGUUCAUUCAGUGUAAAUGUUGUGAAAGAUGAUUACUUGGACAAUCUUUCCCUAAAAACUCCAAGUACUUCUGCUGCUGAUUGGGGAAAAGGGCCAAACUCAUCCAAAAAUUGGAAUCCAGAAUCUGGAAUGCCGGAAUGGAGCAGCGGUUCCAUGCAAAAUGCCAUGGGUAGUGGGAGACAGCCUCCAGGAUUCCCCCUACAUGGCAAUAGAUCCAAUAACUGGCAACGUCAAAACUCGUGGGCUGGUCGCACAGACAACUCAGCCUUUACACCAGUUGGGAACUGGGAUAAAUCCCCCAAAAUGCAAUGGCUUAUCCUAAAGAACAUUUCACAUCAGAUUGAUUCUUCUACAUUGAAAACCUUGUGCCAACAACAUGGCCCCCUCAGUUGUUUCGUUCCACUUCAACAACUUGGAUCAGCUCUUGUCUGCUACUCGUCUAAAGAGGAAGCUGCCAAGGCCCAAAGAGCCUUAAACCAGUGUGUUCUCGGCGGUACUACAAUCUUUGCUGAAUUUAUCACAGAAGAAGAUGCAAGCCGAUUUGCCAAACACAGUGCCAUGAAUGUACCUAGUCAGCAGUGGUCACAAAACCAACAACAGCAACAGCAGCAGCAAAUAUCACAGCUUAAUAAUGCUGCUGCCCCUGCUUCACCCUGGUCCUUAGCCCCAACUCCUUACCUACCCAGCUCAGGAAGUGGUAGCAUGUGGGGCUCAAGUCUUUGGGGAGGCGCAUCGGAUGAUCACAACUCAAAUCCCCUUGUCAACAAUAUUCUUGGAGGGCAAUCUAUGUAAUCAGCAUAGUACCCUUGUUAUGAUCUCUUUAUAUGUAUUACUAAUACUGACAGAUAUAGUAUUACCUACCACCACGGGAAUAGGGGCAUCAUCAAUUUUUUUUUUCCAAUAUGGUGAUAAGAUUGUAAAGAACCUUAAAAAAAAAUUAAACAGUAUUUAUAAAUUAUUUUUUAAAAAAUUAGGUUCUUUAUAAUCUUGAACGUUAUGUUUUUUUGUUAUGUGCCAAAAGAAAUUGGGAUAAGUUUUAAGCAUACUGUUUAGAAAGCUUUAUCAUGAAAUAUUGUUAGAUCUUAACUUAAUUAAAAAAUCAAAUAAAAAAAAAAAAUCAAAGGGAUUUGCCCCUGUUCCUAAGACUGGUAAAACUAUGAUUGUUAGUCACCUUUGGUGGGAUUAAGUAGUGUGCUUAAUAUAAAUGUGUUCCGUGGAUUAUAUCGGCACUCAGAAGCCUGGUCUACCAACCAAAGUGCAUGCAAACUUGGUGCUCAAUGCUUCAAAGAAGUAAAGCACAUAUUUUUAUUUUUGUAUACUUCGACAAUGAAGUAUUAAGUCUUUCAGAUUCCAAAUUUGUCUUGUCAGGUGGGUUGGCCAGUUUCAUGGUGCAGAAUGUCCAUUUGGAAAAGGUAUCUGAGCCUUUGAUACAAUUAAACCUCAAAAUAUAAAAUGUGAAAAAAUAUGAAAAAAAGACACAUAGAAUUAUAUAUAUAUAUAUAUUAUAUAUUAUUACAAAUUGUAUAGUCUAUUCAUGACUGAUUUCCAAAUAAUCAAUAUUUGUAUUGCAGCAAAAGUGUGCAAAAAAUUGUUUUUUCUUUUUUGUUUUUUCGUCAAUAUAAGACAAUGAAUCGUGGUGUAAUAUUUUUCUCAUGUUUGAAAUUGGAAUCUGUUGAGUGGUAGGACAAACCUGUGAUAAUGAAAUUUCUCAUUUGUGUGUCUGUUGUCCAAUGUGUGAAUCAGGAAUAGAAGUGCAUUCUACUAGUGCUGUUAAAUAAUUCUUCCAGAAAAUAAUAUAUGAAAAAAAAAUACAAAAAAAAAAAUAAUGAAAAUUGAGCAUACUAAUGAAUCAUCCCAAGAUGAACUGUGGAGUUUGCCGAUUUUAAAAUACUUUAAAACUGCUGUAUUGUCUGUAAUAGUAUUUAUUCCCGCCCAGACUUGGAAAUUAUUGCUAACCUGUUCUAGCCUGUUGUGAUCUGUGUCAAUUUACCAAAAUGUGUCGUAGAUUUUUAAUCAUUUGUUGUUCCAAAUAUCUGGGCUGUGAAGUUAAUAAUGGCGCUCUCACCUCAUGAUGGCCAUGAGACUUUAAUAAUAUCUUUCACAAGAUGCAGUAUAGUGCAGGAUAAAGCAUACUGUGAUUUUUUUUUUCUCCAGGCAGGGCACAAAGUGUUCCAAAGUGCUGCUAUUACAGACAGUAUAGAUUUAUAUAUAUUAUUAUAUACAUAGAUAUAUAUUACUAUGCCUCUGUGUUGUCCAGACUCCGUACUUACUGCAUUUUAAAUGUGACCAAGAUGAGAUAUAAAGCCAUCACAAUUUGCCAAAGCACCAUUUAUUCUAGGAUUGGGCAGCCUUUUAUCAGUACAGUGAUAGAUUUUUUUUGACAUGACAUGUAUAUUGUGCUCGUAGCUUGCUUUGAAUUGUAUUCUGAAUAAAGUCCUUAUUCAUUA